AAUGCUCCCUGCAGCAGUCCUAGUUCUCCUCUGGGCGGGGCAAGGCGUGGCGCAUCCCCAUAAUGGAUCAUGUGAUUUGGUGCCACAGAAUCGCCACAGACCACGAAAUACCCUUGAAGCAGUGGACUGGCUGGCUCGAUUUGGAUACAUCUCAACACACACAGCCUGGUCCCAGGGUCCACAGUCUGUUGAAGCGUUGGAUGCAGCCAUAGCUUUGUUUCAAGAACUGGCGAGAAUAAACAUUACAGGUAAACUCGAUGAGGUUACGCUAGAGUGGAUGGGGAAGGAGAGGUGUGGCGUUCCGGAUGUACUGAGAAGAGAACGGCCGGGCAAACGAAGAUAUACUCGGAACACACCAGUUCUGAAAUGGAAGAAGCAUGACCUCACCUAUUUCGUGACCCAAUAUACACCUGAUCUUCGAAGAGGUGAAGUUGAUCGUGCGCUUGCAGAUGCGUUUCAGGUGUGGGCGGAUGUCACUGCUCUGACCUUCACACGCGUCUCCUCCCCUGACGCUGUGGAUAUUGAAAUAAAGUUUGUUCACGGUGUGCAUGGUGACAACAAUCCAUUCGAUGGCGAAGGAGGAGUACUUGCGCAUGCGUUCUUUCCACCUACAUACCCCACUAAUCUGAUUGGAGGAGACACUCACUUUGACGAAGCAGAGACGUGGACAAUCCUGUUGGAUGACGAUGCUCCAGGACGAAGAUUGUUCUGUGUAGCUGUGCACGAAUUUGGGCACGCUCUUGGUCUUGACCACUCGGACGAUACCGAUUCCAUCAUGUGGCCGUGGGCACAAGGCUGUGGUAAUGGAACGCUGGGGUCGUCGGAUGUUGAAGCAAUACAAAGACUGUACGGACCACCAGGUGUGUCGACCGUUUUCCCAAACACAACCACAACGCCCACUACUAUAGCAAGUACCAAGAAGAGACGAGUAACGCCAGCUGUGCCUACAACAAAGAAAAAGGCGGAAAAAAGAACCACCCCCACCAAACAAACAACAUUCCUGAAAACAAAAGCAACAACUGCAACAACGUCAGCUACCUCAACCACAACCUCAACGUCACCCACAACGUCAACAACUCCCCAGUCGACAACAAGAAAAAAGAAGCACAAGACGUCGGAGCCUACAACAAAAGAAGAAGGCGCAAAACUACCAAAGCCACACCAUCAACAACGACGACAACGUCAUCCCCAACGUCAACAACUCUCCAUACCACAACAAGAAAGAAGAAGCGCAAGACGCCGAAACCUACAACAAAACAAAGAAGGCGCACAACUACCAAAGCCACACCAUCAACAACAACCAGUACAACGCUGCCACCGCCGACGUUGCAUCCCAAUCCGGUGUGCAGAGGAAAUGGCAAAAUGGACGCCAUAGACGUUGCAGGUGACGACAAAACGUACGGAUUCAAAGGUAUGGAAGUAUUCCGAUUCAACGAAAACAGCGUUGAUCCUGACUUCCCAGACCAAUUGGUGAUGUGUUCAAUCCCGGACCACAAACAGUGGACGCCGCUGUCAGUUACUAUUACACCUCUCGCUGGACAAGGAAGGUCCGAUUCAUCACGUACCUCUUCAAGGACGACAUUGUAUGGAAGUAUCAGUACAAAAGAAGGAACCUUCUGAAGAUUUGGGAACCAAAAGAGUUUGUAGUGGAGACUGGCUAUCCCAAAUAUAUCACAGAGGAGUUUAAAAUCAAAACCAGGGGAAUAGACGCAGCUUUCAAACUGAUGAAGAGCAACGCGUUUUACCUCACAAAAGGGAAUAAGAUAUGGGAGAUUCAGAUUAGCAGCAGAGGACUCAAGGCAAAGAAGCCAAAGAAACUAAGCAAACACCCGGCAUUAUCUUAUCUUCCCCCUCUGGACUCCGCCGGACUCAUGAACAGCGGUGGAUUCUACUUCUUCAGCGGAGACUACUACCACCGCCUAUUACCAAUCGACCGUCAUCGUGCUAUGUGGAUGUUUCCACGUCUCACUCUCAGGUGGUGGUUCAACUGCGACUUGGGCAGCAUCUACGUUCCACUGAAGAUAGCCAGCGACAAGGAAAAGCACUUUGUGAAGGAGGUCCACUUCUGAGGAUGCUUACUUCUCUAAAUAUCCACUUGGCAACGUAUUUGAUUAUUAAACAUUUACAUCAUAUUAUUGACCGACAAAGGCAAUAACAUUAAUUCACAUAACUUUAACAAAACAACUGACUGUGAACAUUGAAGCUAUGUAUGGUGUGUUUCUGAAACCGUUAUCGCGAAACAAACCAAAUGGGAUGACAUUUGCUCAUAAUUAUAAAUGUCAUUGUAUAAUAGUAAAUGUUAUAAUUUCAUCGUCAGAGAUAGCAGAAAGAUUACCAAAAACCAUAAUAAAAUGGAAUAUUGUU